UCCUCCGCUCACCCAGAGCUAGUUAAGCAGCAAGCAAGCCCGUCGAGAAGCGAAACCGAGCCACGACCAUCUGCUUUCUGGCUCCUAAUAAGCCCAGCUCUCUCCACUCCCCAUCGAUUUCCACCGAUCAAGCGACCAUGCUUCACCAUUACCACCAUGGCGAAGUGGCCAGCCUGCACUGCCUCUCGCCCCCUAACCCGCCGUUCCACACCCACUAUCACCACCCCGGCAUGAUCGCCGCCAGCAUGACGCCCCCUCCGCCCUUCCACUUCUCACCGGCAGCCUAUGAGUAUGAGGACGAGCCUAUCCUGCAGGAAGCGCUGGCUGCCAUCGGCGAUAACAGCCCGCCCGGCUCCGGCGGGGCUGAUGACAUCCAUGGCCAGGUGCUGGCUUCAGCGGCGGAGGAGGAGCGGAGGCGGCGGAGGAUGGUGUCCAACCGCGAGUCGGCGAGGCGGUCGCGCAUGCGCAAGCAGCGGCAGCUCAGCGAGCUGUGGGCGCGGGUGGCGCACCUCCGCGGCGCCAACCGCCGCCUCCUCGACGAGCUCAACCGCGCAAUGAGGAGCUGCGGCGACGUCCGCCGCGACAACGACCGGCUCGGCGCCGAGAAGGCCGAGCUGGAGGCCAGGCUCGAGCAGCUCAUGCAGCAAGCACAACAGAGCAACAACGCCUCCUCAGAGCCAUGCGAGAAAAACACCACUGCCGCUGCUGAAUAAACCAUUCUUAUCUUCUCAUUUUAACUACCAGGAUCGUUAAUUAUUACUGUAGUAUACUCAAAUAAGGCGUGCGUUGAGGGGUUUGAUCGGCUUAAUCGUUUCUUAAUUUUAUUAAGACUGGGGUAAUAAUACAUACCCUUAGCUACGUACUACUACUGCCCAUUACUGUCAUCUUUUUUGGCAAGGUGCAAGUGGCUAGAUGAAUAUGGAUUGGGUGUUACUGACGAGUUGCCGUCAGUGGACAAAUUAUAGUGCAACAUGAUCAUACGGAUGAUGAAACAAGAAACCGCUCGAAACCAGUGUGGAAUGAGAAACCAUACAAUACCAUUGGUUUCUUCUUCCAAAGAAAAAAAAGUCACUUUCCACUGAUAAUGAUGUGGUGACUGACGAGUGGACUAAUGGCCUGUACUUGCAACAAAGCUGUAUUUCCAUGAAAAACAGGGGACCAGAUUGUUUGGAUUAAUUCAUGUUAUCUUGAGUCCCAAAAAAUUCGGUGACUGUGUGUCUGAGAGUCGAGACAAACCAGAGCCUUGUUUUAACUUCAGCGGAAAAAUCUAUAAGCUAAAUUAUGAAAUUGCUUAAAUCUGAAACAAAAGCUAAACUCCCCUAAAAAACAAAGCUAAAUGAUCUCACGCAAAUAAGGAACUGAUAACAAGGCUUACGUACCAAAUCCAGUGAGCUCAUGGAAGAUUUAGAUAUCCCAAAUCAGGGUAUAAAACAGUUUUGCAUCAUUAUGCGCCCGCCGCCUUUUCAGUAGCAAGUCUCGAAGAUACAAAAUCCUAAACAAAAGUGCGCAGACUC